AUGUUCAACUGCACUGUGAAUGCCCUAUUAAAUAAUUUGCCAGAAAUAGCGGAAGCCUUAGAAGAAAUUAAGCAAACUUCUCGUGCUCCAGAAGCCAAGUUCGAGGCUGGUCAUCUCUUAACUGCUAUAAAGGAUUUUAAAUUUAUCCUUAAUUUAACUAUUUGGGCGAAUAUUCUCCGCGAAAUUAAUAGAAUGAAUAUAGAAAUUCGGAAAGAAGAUCCUUGCCCGUUCCGACGCCUUAAUGGAUGGUGUGCUCAAAACUUUACAAAAAAUGAGACAAAAUCCAAUGGAGUGUUGGAUAAAAGAAGCUGGCGAAGUAGCUGA